AUGUCGUCUUUGGCCGCGCAGCUUGCGCAAAUCGCUGCCAACUCCAAGACCACCCUCGACGUUAGGGCGCAAAAAGCUGCCCACUCGAAAUCUUUAAUCUUCGAGCCUCGAGUCGCCGCCUCGCAGAGUUACCAUUCUCUCUACAAGAUAUGCCGCGAAGGGUUUGACGAGCUGUGCCAAUUGGAUGCCCGCUUUGGUGCUUUCGCCAGUACCAUCUUUAGCGAGCAGAGUCAGGAUGAGGAUCGCAACCAGAUGACGGCCGCCGAGAAUGCGGAGCUCGACAAGAGAAUAGAAUCAUUUCUUCGCUUGGUUGGUGGCCGUCUCAGGCUAAUGCCGGCCAUUAGAUCCGUGGAAUGGCUUGUUAGAAGAUUUCGGAUUCACGAAUAUAACACCGCCGCUGUCUUGUCCACCUUCUUGCCCUACCACAGCAUCCAGGUAUUUGUGACACUCAUGUCAAUCUUGCCAGCCAAAAUCCCCGACGAAUACCGCUUCCUGAGCCCUUAUAUCCGCUCUCUCACCGCGCCGCCUCGAUCCGUUCUGGUGUAUCAGGCCACGCAUCACGCCGACUUCCUCACAACCAUCUCCGAACACACUUUGGAGACUUGCAGACACCAGCAACAUUAUCCGGCCCUGAUAUCAUUCUGGGGUGGCAUCAUGAUCGAGGCUGUGAACGGAAUGCUCGACAAAAUGCGAUCUGGUCGCAAGACUAUCCAGAAGAGCAACGACCAGGCUAUACUGCACUUGAUUGGACCCAUCCUUAGCGAGGCAAUGGUUUUGAAGAAGGUCCCUAGCCUCCAAAUCGCAUCCUAUAUGGUUAUUGUCGCAUUCGUGUGCAAGGGAAAUCUGGACGACGCAACCAUUACGGCUUUGAUGGAGCAAUUGGUUACAGGAUGGACUACCGAAACCCUCCGCCCUGGUCUUGUGUGCUUGUCAAUCAUGGCUCAGUAUAGAUCGCCAAAGCAGAUGUCAAGAAAGGUAACCAAAGCACUCCUCAAUGUGACAGGUUUACCCGAAAUUUUGGACGACAUCCGAAAGGAACACAAGAUUGAGAAGCUGUCAAACGGCUUCUGCCUAGCGUUGAUUGACCGCAUCAUGAAGAAGGGAGACACGACUGGCCUGCAAUUCAUCGAGGCAAUUGUUCCGAAGCAGAUACUCAGCAACCAGCAGCUCUCGGUAGUAUUCAAAUCUCUCAUGCUAGCAGCUCACCGGGUAGACGAUUCGGUCGACGAAAAUGGAAUGGCUCGACAGGAACUCGCCGCUACAAUUGUUCGUUUAUCACAGACCACAGGAGCGCCGGCUGAAGUAUUUGCAAAAGCGAUCAUGGACACCGAGAUCGAUGUUGAGGCUCUUGAGCUGAGGCUCGACACCAAAAUUCGGCCCAAAGCUCUUCCCCAGACUCAAGAGGGACCUGAAGAAACUGUGGACGCAAAUGGAGAUGUACCCAUGGCCCCUGAAGACUUUGAUACGAUUUUCGAUCGCGUCAACCAACACGCAACUGCCACAGCAACCUCUUGUCUCCUACCUACGCCUCCAGAUGUCUUCACGGACCUCUGCUCCCUGUAUCUAUCAGCCGUUCCAGACCGUGGUAACCUAGCAACUUUCCAAAGAGCUGCCGCUGUCCAACGGGGUGAAGCCCCCAAUAAUCCAUUCUUCUUCACUUUCCUGAUCCGAAUCUGGUGCGGACCUUACCCCACUCUGGCCAGGUCAAAUGCGCUGGACAUGGCAAAGGACCGGAUCAAGUCAGGUGAUUGUGAGUCAGUUGACUUCCAGUCACUGCUCCCGUACUGUGUGGCAAGCCUGAGUGACCCGGCCAAGAAGGUUCGUCGCUCUGCAGCCGAUCUUAUCACAGUUUUGGACGGAUUAGCUGCCAGUAAUCCGGAGCCAUCGACGCACUGGGCAACCCGGGGGCUUUAUGGCAAGGCAGAGCCAGUCACAGUUUUAGAGAAAAAUGCGGUUCGCAAGUUGCUGCAAAGCGUCUUAAUGCCAUCUUUGGAAGAGUGUGUCCUCAACGCUGAACACAUUCAUGCUGUCGUUCAGUCUUCCCUCGGAAGCAGUUCCCGUUCUUCUGCAGACGGAAGUGAAAAGGACAAGAAGAGUCACAUGUCACAUGGAAUCAGGCUGGCUGUGCUGACCUUCCUGGCUGGCCAUGUCGUGGAAACCCCACUGUUGCCCGUCAAACUGCGACUAUUGCAGCCAAUUAACCAAGUCAAGGGGGUUUCGGGUACUACCCGUACAACAUUGCUCCUGCCGUUGCUAAAGUGGUGGGCAUCUCUUUCUCCUGAGACGGCAAGUCAAUUAUGCAAAGAACAGAACGUCAGCGAAUCAGCCAUGGAUACGACUGCCGUCGAGACUGUCGUGCCCAACGACAACGACGGUCUCGAGUAUCUACUCCAGUCUGUCCAGACGCCGGCCCUAUCCAGCCGGGAAAAUCUGCUUCACGCCGUGUUCCUUCGCAUUGAAAAGAUGUGGCCGUCGAUGAAAACAGAGACGAGGCACGUAGUAGCCGAUAGGCUGCUUGCUAUGGCCCAGGAAAACGCAUCGGGAGAGCGCUCUCCUGUCGCCACUGAAGCGGCAGACGUCCUCAGAAAUGUGGAACUGGCCACCGAGAAUCUCCUAUCUUUCUUGGAUUCUUUACAAAAUGCUGCAAAGAUGGCAAAUGAGACCCCGCCCAACAAGAGACGACGGACAAGCUCUUCAGAAUCCCGAGGAGCCGUUUCUCAAGCUGAUCAUGGUUUGACCCAGGCAUUGAGGCAGGUCACAUUCGUUCUUCAGCUCGUUGAAGGCUCUGAUCCUGCAAAACACCCGCACAUUCUCAACGCUCUCUUCAACACGUUAUCAGAACUGCAACACUUCCGAACCCUGCUCGGCUCAGAGCUUGGAUACUUGCAAAAUCUUGUUCUCCGAAGCUUGUUGGCUAUAGUUCCUGCUUACAGAGAUGACAAGACGCUCAAAAUCGAUGGAUCCAGCGGCCAUGGUGACUUACUUGUCAGCUGCAUUCAGAAGUCGUCGAGUCCUGCAGUACAGAAUACAGCACUGCUCCUUGUCGCAAGCCUGGCCAGCGUUGCGCCAGAGCUGGUUUUGCACAGCGUAAUGCCCAUCUUCACGUUCAUGGGCAACUCGGUUCUGCGCCAGAGCGACGAUUAUUCUGCGCACGUUAUCAACCAGACUGUCAAGGAAGUUGUACCGCCAUUGAUUCAGUCCCUCCGCAGGGGAAAGAAGAGUCCGGUUGCUGGCGCCGCGGAGCUCUUGUUGAGCUUUGUCACUGCAUUUGAGCACAUCCCGUCUCACCGAAGACUCGGCCUCUUUGUGUCGCUACUUGAGGUGCUUGGCGCUGAGGAUUUCCUCUUUGCACUGUUGGCUAUGUUGGUGGACAAGUAUGGCUCGACUGCUGACGUUUUGUCCUUUGCAAGCCAGGUCUUCCACCAAUUCAGUGUUGAGGUUGAGCUGCAGACUGUGAUUAAGCUUUUGAAUCUUACCGGCGAUCUGUUCCAGUCGCGACCUACCCUUUCGACUGCGUUGUUGAGCACCAGCGAAGAUCGUGACCGCGAUCCUCAAAAAAUUGCCCUCGCCCAAUUAGACUUGCCCCCUCGUCUACUAUCGAGCAAGAAGCUGAUCACCCAAAUUGCAAAGAUGACUGAGAAGGACGAUAUGGAGGCAGCCAAGAUCCGGGAGCUCUACUCGACCCUCCUCGAGGAUCUUUUGUCUCUCGCCGAGAGCUUGAAACCAUACAAGGCACUCCAUGACAGAUGUGGUGACAGCUUGCCCAAGCUCCUCAACCUCCUUCCCAUUGGUGAAUUCGUCAAGGCGGUGGAGAACCUCUUGGAUCGCCCCGAUAUUGUCAUUCGUCGCAAGGUCCUGCGGGCAUUGCAAGUCCGUAUCGACCGCGAAGGUCAAGCAGAUGCUCUGUCCAGGACCGCAUUGCUGGCCUUCCUGCCGCAGUUGACAGCCAUUAUCAGAACCUCGGACGAUAUGGCUUACAAGUACGUGGCUGUGGAAUGCGUGGAUGUGAUUGCCCAAAAGUAUGGCAAGAAGGACCCAGAGGCUGUUUCUGCAGCUGCCAUGACUAUUGCAGGCGAUCAGUGCCUUGGCCAAAGCGAUGUCCGCCUGCGGAGUCUGGGCUUGCUGUGCUUGGCAUCUCUUGUCGACGUACUGCAAGACGGCAUGGUUCCAGUUCUACCAGUCGCUACUCCCAAGUGUCUGGUCUACCUGAAGGAAUCUGUAGCAGACGCUGCCAGGAACACGGCACUGCACAACGCAUGCUACACCUUCAUGCAUGCUUUGGCGCAGCAUCUCCCUUACAUGUUGUCUGGUACCAUUCUGCAACAACUGCUUGCCGUGUCUAGCGAAUCCGCGGCGGCCGAACUCGAUACUGAUGCUAUCGACUCACGUGUUCAAUGCCUUCAAUUCCUUGCUAAGACCGUGGAAGCAAAGGCAAUCUUCACCGCUCUCGAGGUCAACUGGGCAGUGGCUUCAGAUAGUGGCUUCAACGCUAUCAUGGAAUACCUCGAUAUUCUUGGUCUAGCCAUUGACAAACACAGCAAGUCGGAUAUUGCCAAGAACGUCAGCUCCCUGUCCAACAUUUUCCUGUCGGCUCUCGAUCUGCGCCGUGUGGAACAUGGCCGGGGCGAGAUUAGCAAGAACAGCGCCCGCAACCUCGCGCGCAUUGAAGAUACCAUUAACGCCGUAGCCCUGCGCAUGGUUUACAAGCUCAAUGAUGCAGCUUUUAGACCCAUCUUCUCCUCGCUCAUGGACUGGGCUGUCGGUCCCGACUUGCCGUCGUCUGACCUUGUCGGCCGCAACCUUCGACUUUUGGGCGCCUUCUCCUUCCUCCUGUCCUUCUUUGACAGCCUCAAGUCCAUUGUCACAAGCUACGCUAGCUACAUGGUCGACCCAGCGGUCGCGACGCUGCAAAGACUGGAUCCGAAGCAAGGAGGCGAGCAAAAGGACCUGUGGAGGAAGAUCCUCAGCACCCUGGCCAAGUGCUUCGAGCACGACCAGGACGACUUUUGGCAGGCCCCAGCACACUUUUCGGUGGUGGCGCCUGUGCUGACCAGCCAGCUCCUGCACGCGUCCUCGACGGGCGCAGUGGACAUGAUGACGCACGACCUCGUGCCUACGCUCGUUGAGCUGGCCGCCGCCGCAGACUCUCAAGACCACCACAAGGAGCUCAACGCGGCCCUGCUCAAGCACCUGCGCUCCGAGUCGGCAGGUAUCCGCCUGGCUGCUGUCAAGGCCGAGCAGAAGCUCACGGAGCGUCUGGGCGAGGACUGGCUCGCCAUGCUGCCCGAAAUGCUGCCGUACAUUAGCGAGCUCCAAGAAGACGACGAGGAGGACGUUGAAAGGGAGACGCAGCGAUGGAUUGUGGGUAUCGAAGGUAUCCUGGGCGAGAAUCUCGAUGCCAUGUUGCACUAA